CUGAGCAUGCGCGGUCUAUUGCACUCAGUCAGAGUCGUCGAGUCGAUGUGCUAGAAAACAACCAGUCAACAAUGUUGUUUUGUUAAAAGAAAAUCUGGUUUUCAAAAAAAGAAAAGAGAGAAGGAAGACAAAAGAAAGGUUGGCAAUCUGUUUUUCUCAAGAAAGAUCACCUAUGAAUUGCUACUUAACGCUCAAUGCAAUGAGCAUUAAGCAAUUCUCCCGCUAAAACAAUUCACCAGUAAAGCUCCUUCCACAAGAAUUUACCAAUAAAUGCUGGAAGGUUUUCAUCAGUCUUCAAUCUUCAAGUGAACAAGAACAGCAACAACAUCAGGAGUGAUCCAAAAUCCUGCAGAAUGAAACCUGGAGCUACUGAAGAACAAAGAGACAUAAAGGAAGAAAACAAGGAGAGUGAAGAACUGAUUAAAGAGGAGGAACAUCAUGAUGAGAAAAAUGGAGAAAAAUCUAUUUCCUCACAAACAGCAAGGACUGUUUUGACCAACAAAUCUUUCACCAGCCCUCUGUGUGGGAAGAAAAAAGAAAUAUGCAAAAAAAGUGGUAAACGUCGUAUUAAAGUUGGAAAGUACAAAUGUGACCAGUGUGGGAAUCGUUUCACGCAAAAAGUAAGUCUUAAAAGGCACAAGCAAAUCCACACUGGAGAGAAGCCGCACACAUGUGAUCAGUGUGGGAAGAGUUUCACACUCAGAGAAACCCUGUAUAAUCACAUGAAAACCCACACCGGAGAGAGACCACACACAUGUACGCAGUGCGGGAAGAGUUUCACACAAAAACGUUCCCUUAAUGAACACAUGAAAAUCCACACCGGAGAGAGGCCACACACAUGUGACCAGUGCGGGAAGAGUUUCACGCAAAGAGGAACCCUUAUUGAUCACAUGAAAAGCCACACUGGAGAGAGGACGAACAAAUGUGAUCAGUGUGGGAGGAGUUUUGCACGAAAAGAACAGCUUAAAAAACACAUGAAGAUCCACACCGGAGAGAAGGAGUUCAAAUGUGAUCAGUGCGAGAAGAGUUUCGCAUAUUUGGCCAGUCUUAAAUUACAUCAACGUCGUCAUUCAGGAGAAAGACCAUAUUAUUGUGACCAGUGUGGAAAAUUGUUAAUUUCUGCAUCGGCCUUGAGGAGCCACAUGAUAGUUCACUCAAACGAAAAGCCUUACGUGUGUUCUUUGUGUGGAAAGAGUUUUAGUCGGCAAAGUAAUUUAACAUCGCACCAUAAAUACAGACACAGCGCUGUGAAGGAGUUCAAAUGUGAUCAGUGCGAGAAGAGUUUCGCAUAUUUGGCCACUCUUAAAUUACAUCAACAUUGUCAUUCAGGAGAAAGACCAUAUUAUUGUGAUCAGUGUGGAAAAUUGUUCAUUUCUGCAUCGACCUUGAGGGGCCACAUGAUAGUUCAUUCAAACGAAAGGCCUUACGUGUGUUCUUUGUGUGGAAAGAGUUUUAGCCGGCGAGGUAAUUUAAGAUCGCACCAUAAAUACAAACACAGCGCUGUGAAGGAUAAUAUGUGCAAAUAGUGGGAAGACUUUUAUUAGAA